AUGAUGAACUACCGUCCAGGAAAAUCUAAGAAGUCCGAAGAACUAGAAAUUCCAACGGCUUGGCAAUUAUUCUCAACAGUAUAUGAAUCAUUCGGAGUAUUUUUGGAAUUAAUACUUUCAUUUCCAUUAUAUAUACUGUCUAAACUUGGAAUAACAAAUAUAAUUCCGACUUUACUUUCAGGAAAUGUUACAUUAGGCCCUUGUUUUGUUGCUGCUGCAGUUACCACGGUCGCAUGUUCUGUUGGUAUUGGAUUAGGUGUUGGACUUGGUGUGGGUUUAACGUGUUCUCAUGAUAGUGCCCUUAUGAACAGUACGAAUGCAACGAAUACAACCAAUAUGACCACAUUAAUGUUGGAUUUGGAUUAUUCGGGUUAG